AUGCUGGAGAAUGGCUCCCUGAGGAACUGCUGCGACCCGGGCGGGAGAAGCCGCUUCGGCUUGGCGGAGCGGGAGGCGGCGGCGGGUGCCCCGCGGCCCGCCUGGGUGGUGACGGUGCUCUCCAGCGUGCUGAUCUUCACCACCGUGGUGGACAUCUUGGGCAACCUGCUGGUCGUCGUCUCGGUCUUCAAGAACCGCAAGCUCAGGAACUCAGGUAAUGCAUUUGUGGUGAGCCUAGCUUUGGCUGAUCUGGUGGUGGCCGUGUAUCCAUACCCACUGGUGCUCUUAGCUAUUUUCCACAAUGGAUGGACGUUGGGUGAAAUGCACUGUAAAGCAAGUGGCUUUGUGAUGGGACUAAGUGUAAUAGGCUCUAUUUUCAACAUCACUGCAAUUGCAAUAAACCGGUAUUGCUAUAUAUGUCAUAGUUUUGCCUAUGACAAAGUGUACAGCUGUUGGAACACAAUGCUGUAUGUCUCCUUAGUCUGGGUAUUAACAGUAAUUGCAACUGUGCCAAAUUUCUUUGUUGGCUCUUUAAAAUAUGAUCCACGCGUCUAUUCAUGCACAUUUGUUCAGACUGCAAGCUCCUACUAUACGAUAGCUGUUGUGGUAAUUCACUUCAUCGUCCCUAUCACCAUUGUGAGCUUCUGCUACCUUCGAAUUUGGGUUUUAGUGCUUCAAGUUAGAAGACGAGUCAAGUCAGAAACAAAGCCAAGACUGAAGCCAAGUGACUUCAGAAACUUUCUUACCAUGUUUGUGGUUUUUGUCAUUUUUGCCUUUUGCUGGGCACCUCUAAACUUCAUUGGACUGGCUGUAGCCAUCGAUCCUAUGGAAAUGGCACCAAAAGUUCCUGAAUGGUUAUUCAUUACAAGCUACUUCAUGGCCUAUUUCAACAGCUGCCUUAAUGCAAUAAUAUAUGGACUUCUUAACCAGAAUUUUAGGAAUGAAUACAAACGAAUUUUAAUGUCACUGUGGAUGCCAAGGCUUUUCUUCCAGGACACAUCCAAAGGAGGAACUGAUGGUCAGAAGAGCAAACCUUCUCCUGCUUUAAACAACAAUGACCAAAUGAAAGCUGAUACCUUGUAAAUGUGUAAUAGUCAAAGCAAGUUUGUCAUGGUGAAACCCAAGAAUGCAGUUGUAAUGUUCUGGUCAUUCUUGCUUACUUUUGGGGACUUGCCAUUUGGAUGGCACUUUGUGACUGGAAUACAGGCUUUUUCAUAAAGCA